CAUAGUAGUUCUCAAAACAUACAUCCAACUGCAAUUUAUUCACACUUGAGUCAUAAUUUCUUUUAGGAACUAUGUUGAUAUACGAAGCCAACAUGGGAAUGCUCUUCACAGCAAUUGUUAUGCAGAUCUUAUGGAGUUGCUCAGGAAUACCUGGACAGCAGACAUCACCAUUUCAAUUUACACAAAUAGUAUACAAUACCACUAUAUAUGAAAACUCAGCUGCUAAAAGCUAUGUAGAAUGUCCAAUUAAAAUGGGAAUAUACAUCACAGACCCAUCCUGGGACAUUCAAUACAAAAUAGAAUCUGGAGAUGGUGAGGUUUUAUUCAAGGCUGAAGAAUAUGUACUGGGAGACUUCAGUUUCCUGCGAAUUAGGACCAAAGGAGGCAGCUCUGCUAUACUCAACAGGGAAGUGAAGGAGCACUACUCACUGAGAGUCAAAGCACUAAAAUGGAGCACCAACGCUGUCGCUCAAACAAGAGUUCACGUGCGAGUUCUGGACACCAAUGAUCUCCGGCCACUUUUCUCACCAACCUCCUACACUGUUUCCGUGCCUGAAAACGCUGCCAUCAGAACUAGCAUCGUGAGAGUCACCGCCACCGAUGCCGACGUCGGCUCAAAUGCAGAGUACUAUUUCAGAUUGGGAGGAGAACACACCGAUAUGUUUGCCAUUCAUCCCACCAGUGGGGUGAUUACUCUCAUGGCCAGGCUGGAUUACGCUGAGCGGAGGCUGUUUGAGAUGGAUGUCUUGGCUGUAGAUCGGGGCAUGAAACUCUAUGGGAGCAGUGGCUUCAGCAGCACAGCCAAGCUGACGGUCAGGGUACUGCAGGCCAAUGAGCACGCUCCCGUCCUCACAGCUGUUCCCUUAGCUCCAUCAGCCACAGACACUGACCCUACAUAUGCACUAGUAACCUUGGAAGACAAUGAUCAAGGGCCUAAUGGUGAGAUAGCGUCACUGAGUAUAGUCGCUGGGGACCCACUCCAGCAGUUUAGGGCAGUGAAAACCAGCCUUGGUGGAAAAGAAUACAGGGUCAAAGCCAUUAAGGAUGUGGACUGGGAUAGUUGUCAGUUUGGAUGCAAUCUUACACUACAGGCCGAGGAUAAAGGUAGCCCACCACAGUUCUCCCUCGCUGAAGUCAUUAGAGUGCAAUCCCCACGUGUUGAUGUAAGGGCUCCUACAUUUGAAAAAAACAUUUACAGAGUCAACCUGACAGAAUUUGCCCCGCCCAACACUUUUGUUGUAAUGGUGAGAGCUAUGCCAAAUCACCCCAUGUUAAAAUACUCCAUCAAAUACCCCAAGAUCCAACAGAUCACUCAUCCUUUCACUAUUAAUUCAAACACAGGCUUGAUAACAACAACUGCAGCUAUCCAAGCCGACCGUGCCAGCAAGUAUGACUUUGAGGUGAUUAUUAACCAAGAACAAGCAUCAACCAGGGUGGUCAUCAACGUGAUUGAUGUGAAUAAUAACGCACCAGUUUUUCAGCAACCGUCCUACAAAGGCAAUGUCAAUGAAAAUGUACCAGUGGGGACCAGCAUCCUCACGGUCAGUGCUAGUGACAUGGAUGAAGGAGAGAAUGGUUACGUUACUUACACCAUCGCCAAUGUAAACCCACCACAGCCUUUUACCAUAGAUUACUUCACAGGUGUCAUCAGCACUGCCAGAGAAUUGGACUAUGAAAGGAUGCCACGGGUUUACAACCUCCGAGUCAGAGCUUCAGAUUGGGGCUCUCCUUUCUGCCGUGAAGUGGAGACUCCAGUUUCUAUUACACUCAACAACCUCAAUGACAAUGAGCCCUUGUUUGAGAAGGUUGACUGUGAAGUGAGCUUACCAAGAGACUACAGGGUGGGUGGGCAGAUAGCCGCGGUGUCUGCUAUCGAUGCAGACAACAUGGAAGGGGUUCAGCAUGUAGUCAUAGAUGGUAACAGCCUUGGUCUUUUUGACCUGACACCAGACACUGGGCUGUUAUCACUCAAGUUGCCCUUACAUGACGGCGAGGCUGCAAGUUUGUCCUUCCACUCCUUACAAAUUAGUGCCAACGAUGGGGAGACAUCAAGUAAGCCAAUGUUUGUGAACAUCACAGUCCUGUCUGGUUCAGGAGCCGUCUUCGAACAGUGUGUGGAUACAGGAGUGGUUGGGCGUAUGGCUGAGAAGCUGCUUCUUGGCACCAUGCCCCACUCUCAAAGGGAAGAUCAUUUUGAGGACAUUCAUUCAAUAAAUAAUUAUUCUCCUCACUUUGUGGACUCUACUCCUAAGGUCAUUGAGGUUAAAGAGGACCUACAAGUUGGGAUGAGGAUAGCUCAUCUAAGUGCCAUAGACGCAGACAGUGGCUUCAGUGGAACAUUGAUGUUUGUGAUAUCUGGAGGAGAUGUUGAGAGUCGUUUCAUGAUUGAAAUGGACACUGGUUGGCUAAAGAUUAUGGAGCCGUUAGACAGAGAAAUAACGGAUCAAUAUACUCUCAACAUCACUGUGUAUGAUCUGGGAAUACCACAGCGGUCAGUGUCACAUGUCUUACAGAUCAAUGUCCUGGAUUCAAAUGACAACAGCCCAAACUUCCUCCAGAAUAGCUACACUGUAUCGAUAAGGGAGGAUACAGACGUAGGAACAGCUGUCAUUCAGGUUGAUGCUACAGAUAAAGAUUCAGGGGCCAACAGAAUCAUCAGGUAUUCAUUGAUGGCUGAGUCCGAUCACUUUGUCAUAGAUGACCAGACGGGAGUGGUGAAGGUUAAAAGUCCAUUGGACCGGGAGCUACACCCAACAAUUAUCCUAAAAGUUGUGGCCUGUGAUCAGGCAGUUGAUGAACUUCAGAUGAUUUCUACAGUAUCUCUGAAAAUAGUGUUAGAGGAUGUCAAUGACAACCCUCCUAGGUUUUUCCCCCUCCUCCAGCGCGUGAAGGUGCGGGAGGACCUCCCGCUAGGGGCGGUGGUGGUCUGGCUACAGGCCCAUGACCCUGACCAAGGUCAGUCUGGACAGGUCCGUUUCAGCCUGCUGGACAAUGGAGAUGGAGACUUUGAUGUUGAUAAAACAAACGGUGCUGUUCGUAUAUUAAGGACCCUGGACUUUGAGAGGAGACAAGUGUAUAACCUGACAGCCAGAGCCAAAGAUAAAGGGAAACCUGAGUCGUUGUCCUGCACCUGUUUUAUUGAAGUCUACGUAGUAGAUGUGGAUGAGAAUCUGCACCAGCCUCGGUUUGCAUCUUUUGUGGAUAAGGGAAGUGUGAGAGAAGAUGCUCCUAUUGGCACAACUAUAAUGACAGUUACUGCACAAGACAAUGACCAAGGUAGAGAUGGAGAAAUACGCUAUUCUAUAAGGGACGGAUCAGGCCUCGGAGUAUUCACCAUAGAUGAAGAGAGUGGUGUCAUACAGACACAGGAGCUUUUAGACCAUGAGACCACCAAUCGUUACUGGCUGACUAUCUAUGGCACCGACCUAGCUGUGGUGCCUAAGUCGUCCUUCAUGGAGGUCUACAUUGAGGUUGAAGAUGUCAACGACAACGCACCACAGACCUCCGAGCCAGUCUAUUACCCUGAGGUCAUGGAGAAUUCCCCCAAGGAUGUAUCUGUUAUCCAGGUGGAGGCGGUGGACCCUGACUCUGGAAACAGUGACCAGUUCUACUAUAAGAUAACCAGCGGGAACCCACAGGGAUUCUUCAGCAUCGACCACCAGACUGGUUUGGUGACAACCACUUCCAGAAAACUGGACAGAGAGCAGCAAGAGGAACAUACACUGGAGAUCACAGUAACAGACAAGGGCGUCCCAGCCAGGUCCACAGCUGUCCGGGUGGUGGUGAGGGUGCAGGAUGAGAACGACAACACCCCACAGUUCCUGGAGGAGAUCUAUAAGGUCCAGCUCCCAAAGAGGGUCAGGGACAGGUCAGAGAGGGCCAGGGACAGGUCAGAGAGGGACAGGUCAGAGAGGGACAGGUCAGAGAGGGACAGGGACAGGUCAGAGAGGGACAUGUCAGAGAGGGACAGGUCAGAGAGGGACAGGUCUGAUGGAGACAGGGACAGGUCGGAGAGGGACAGGUCAGAUGGAGACAGGGACAGGUCAGAGAGGGACAGGUCAGAGAGGGACAGGUCAGAUGGAGACAGGGACAGGUCAGAGAGGGACAGGUCAGAUGGAGACAGGGAGAGACCAACAGAGAGGAGGGGGGUUGCUAAGAGAGAGCCCAUCUACAGAGUGAUCGCCUCUGACAGAGACACGGGCCCCAACGCUGAGGUGUCCUACAGCAUCGAGGGGGGAGACGAGCAGGGGAGGUUCUUCAUCGAACCCCAAACUGGCCAUGUGUUCUCCAGAGAGAUUGUCUUGGCAGGACAGCAUGCCAUCCUUACAAUUAAAGUGGUGGACAACGGGAGACCCCAAAGGUCCUCUACCUGUCGGCUGCACAUUGAGUGGAUCGUGAGGCCUGAGCCCUCCUCUGAGCCCUUGGUGUUUGAAGAGACCUCCCUCGCCUUCUCUGUCAUGGAGACUGACCCAGUGGCUCACAUGGUGGGGGUCAUCUCCACCCAACCCAUAGACUCACCUGUCUGGUUCCAAAUCACAGGUAACCUGUAACACACAUUUGUUUUUCCAGACUCACCUGUCUGGUUCCAAAUCACAGGUAACCUGUAACACACAUUUGUUUUUCCAGACUCACCUGUCUGCAUCGAAAUUACAGGAAUCCAGCACAUUAAUCCUUUCCCAGGCAGAAAAUAUGUGAAUGUGGGUUACUAUUGUUGAUAUCACCAUUAUUCUGUAAAAACUUGAGCUGCUAUCUUGAAAUCUUUAGGCUUACUUUCCCAAAGGUUUGCUAGGUAACAGCCCCUGUCAGAAAUAAGGCUUGCUAGGUAACAACCCCUGUUAAACGUAAGGCUUGCUAAGUAACAACCCCAGUUAGAAGUAAGGCUUGCUAGGUAACAACCCCUGUUAGACGUCGUUCACUUCUCUUUCUCUUUACCUCUUCUCCUGCACUAAUUAACUGUCCUACAACUGACACCUUGCUCUCUCUUCUGUUCUGCUCCUCCAAUCCAACUCUCCUCUUUCUCUCACCCUCUUUGGAUUUCUCUUUAAUUGGCAAGGAGACAUGCACGCUAAAGAAGUGUUUCACAUCGCUCAAAUGGCUUGCGACUUGACGUGUACUACAGAAGGUGGCAACGCUGACAGCCGCUUCGAUAUAGGCAAGGGCAGUGGAACCGUCAUUUUAGCCAAACCCCUCCAUGCAGAACCAAAAUCAAA